UUUAGAACGAGAAAAUGAAGAGAAGCCCUUUGGAAUUUGAUCAAACACGAAAUACCCACUCUCGAAAAUCUGCAACUUCCGAACUGGACGGAGAGGAAUAAGAGAAAAGACGAGGAAGAGUUCUGGAUUUAUUGGCUUUUGCAGAGCUACUUGUUAGUUCUGAAGGUGAAGGUUGGCUUGUUGAAGGUUUGAAAGUAAAGGAAAAUGGGGUCAUCGGGUGCCUCUGGAGAUUUAUCUGGGGAGAUGGAGGUGGAUGCUUUUAGGCGUCUCUUCCCUCUGCGUUUCUAUGAACGCCAUCUCCUUGAGUCUGUACGUCCUGAUGCCAGGCCACUUGGCAGAGCAAGAGAUACCACUGUGGCCCUUGGGGCUGUGGCAACUGCUGAUGGGUCAGCCAUGGCGAAGAUUGGUUGCACGACCAUGUUGGCUGCAAUCAAGUUGGAAGUUAUGACUCCUCCAUUGGACUCAUCAGACGAGGGCUCCGUAGCUAUUGAUUUCCACAUGCCUCCAAUUUGCUCUCCAAUUGUUAGGCCUGGCAGACCAGCAGAGGUGGCACCGGUUGUGUCAAAACAGUUAUCUGACGCAAUUAUAAGUUCUGGAAUGAUCAAUUUAAAGGAACUGUCAUUAGUCAGUGGAAAGGCAGCUUGGAUGGCAUAUUUGGAUAUAUACUGUCUAGAUGCAGAUGGUGCUCUUUUCGAUGCAGCAUUACUUGCAGCAGUUGCUGCCUUCUCUCACUUGCAAAUUCCAGCUGUCACUGUCAAUGAUGAUGGAAGAGUUGUUAUCAUGUCAGGGGAAAAUGAAGAAGGCAAGCUACUAAAAGACCCAGUCAACAAAGAGAAAAGGAAGCUUACUCUGACUUGUAUUCCUUUCUCAUUGACUUGCAUCCUUCACAAAAAUUACAUCUUGGCUGACCCUACUGCAGAAGAAGAGUCUGUGAUGGAAACUCCUGUUACUGUGGUAUUAGACUCUUCAAGUCGACUUGUGUCCCUCUACAAGCCAGGAGGACCAGUUCUUGCUUACAUGUCAGCUGUUCAGGAUUGUGUUGCACUUACAAGGCAAAGAGUGAAAGAACUCCAGAAGAUUCUUAGUGAUGCCAUUUCUGAUAUGGAAGUUGACUAGGCUUACUAUUUUGUGAGUUGGAUUGACACAAUUUGGGUUGGCUUGUAACAGUCUGUUCUUUCUUGAUAAAAGUUUUGUUUCCAAGUAAUGCAUCUUAUAUUCAGUUUCUUAAGCAAUCUUGAAUUAMCGAGAGUUAUAUUUGAUGGUGGUUGAGCUUUAA